UGAGAAGCGAUGCCAACUGCUUCCUUUUUUUUUUUUUGACGACACAACUGCCUCUCUUGAAUGUCCAAGAAAGGUGGGGGCAGACCGCAGACGAACAGUUACGCUUACUCCACCACACCAGAAGCCGUUUCCGUUUCCGUUACACUGACCCUCCUGCUCCUCCGGUCCUCCCUCUCCCUCAGUCCGUGCUUGAGGCUCCCUCUCCCCCCUCCAGAAGCCGCACGGCUAGCUAUUGCCGUACCAUCCGCCCUUGCUUCCUCCCCGCAGCACGGAGCAAAGCAAUGGAGAGGCAGAGGAGCUCCUCCUCCUCUUCCUCGUACCAGCUCCUUAGUCCCAAGUGCCUCCUCCUCCUGUCCUUCGCCUCUUCCUCCCUCCUCUUCUCCUUCCUCUUCGCGCUCUUCGCCGUCCGCCACGGCCGCCCCCUCCACCUCCCAUUCGCCAUGCCCAACGCCUCCUCCACUGCGUCCCUUGCACGGUCACCGCCUCUUGGGGGCGGUGGGGGUUCCAUGGUCGGCGCGGUGGCGCUCGCGCCGGAGGCCGGUUAUGCGGUCCGUGGGCGCGGGAGUGGAGAUUCAGUGGCGGAUGGAGCCCACCACGCGGUUGCCGGAGACCUGUCGGCUCGCGCCGCGGGCUCGCCAAUGGAUGUGGAAGAAGCGGUUGCUGGAGGAGGAAAUGGUGGAGCACCCGCGCCUGGUAAGGUUUUGGAGGUGCAAGAGAUUGCAGAAGCUGGGAGAACUUCUGCUUCAGAGGAAGUAGCUGCAUCAAUGGUGAAAUCGGAGGAAGGAGAGUCUUGGAGAACUGUCAAUUUGUCCAUGGAAGCUUCAGGUACUGCAAUGGAGAUGAGAGGUGAAUCCGUGCAAGACGAUCUUGUGGUUGUGGGGGAUAAGCACAAUUCCUCUGUACAAGCAGCUUAUGGUUCUCAACAAGGGGAGCAACUGCAAAGCUCAUAUCAUUCAGCAGGGAAUAAUAAUUCCGUGGGAGCUCCGGUCAAUCAAAAUAAGCAAGAUCCUAACCUGAUUGAGGAAGCGGUCAUGACCAAAACGGAUUCUACAGGAGGCAAUACCAUACAUUGUGAUGUUUAUGAUGGGAGUUGGGUCUUCGAUGAGACCUAUCCACUCUACACUAGUGAUUCAUGCCCUUUUAUAGAUGAAGCAUUCAGCUGUGGAGCAAAUGGAAGAAUGGAUCAAAGAUACAUGAAGUGGAGGUGGCAGCCUAAGCAUUGCAAUAUACCAAGGUUUGAUGCUAGGAAAAUGCUUGAGAAGCUGCGAGGAAAGCGACUAGUGUUUAUUGGGGACUCCAUUAACAGGAACCAGUGGGAAUCCAUGAUGUGCUUACUGAGAACGGCUGUCUCAGAUCCUGGAAGGAUUCAUCAAACCCAUGGCCGCAAAAUUACUAAAGAGAAGGGUGAUUACAACUUCAAGUUCUUGGACUACAACUGUAGUGUGGAAUAUCAUGUGACACAUUUCUUGGUGCAUGAAAGCAAGGCGAGAAUUGGCCAGAAGCGCAUGAAGACACUACGGAUCGAUACCAUUCAUCGGAGCUCAUCAAGAUGGAAAGGUGCUGAUGUGCUUGUGUUCAACACUGCCCAUUGGUGGUCGCAUCACAAAACACAAUCUGGAGUGAACUAUUAUCAGGAGGGAGAUCAUGUUCAUCCCCAUCUCGAUGCCUCUACUGCUUUCCAAAGAGCACUAACCACCUGGGCAUCCUGGAUCGACAGUAACACCAAUCCACAGCUAACUCAAGUGUUCUUCCGAAGCUCAUCCCCGUCGCAUUUCAGCGGUGGGGAGUGGAAUUCAGGGGGGCACUGCAGAGAGAGCAUGCUGCCCCUUAAUGACACCCAUGCUAGGCCGGUACCUGAAAGAAACGUGAUCUUGGAACAAGUCACGAAGCAAAUGAAGACUCCUGUGACAAUUCUGAACAUCACUAAUUUAUCUGGGAUCAGGAUAGAUGGUCACCCAUCUGUAUAUGGCCGGAAGACAGUAGAUUUAACCGCAUCGAGCGUACAGGAUUGCAGCCAUUGGUGCCUUCCUGGAGUCCCAGAUACAUGGAAUGAACUGUUAUUCUACCAUCUACUGUCACCACAAGAAAAAGAUGUAACAAGCUAGUGGCUGAAUUAUUUGCCGGCUCAUUUUUUUUGUCGGCGGGGAUAUUUAGUCUUGUCUGUAAAUGUUAAUUUGAUUUGAAAAGAGGGCGCAAGUGCACAAUCAGUCAAUCAUGCUUGUCUCUGCAGUCCUGCACCCCUCUCUGCAACCAAUAAUGUGACAUGCAAAUAGCC